AGAUGGCGUCGCUCCGUCGCCGAGGCGGGUCUGGGGCAGGGAGGCGGGCCGCGGUGGCCGGCGGGGAGGCCUAGCGGGCAGAGGCCGAGGAAGCGCGAGGAGCGGCAGUCGCCUCCGUUGUGAGGGGGGCGACGAGGCGGGCCCGCCGCUCGGAUUCUAAAUGGCUUCUAGGAAGUCCGGAUCUGACUUUCAUGGGCCCUUCAGUUACCUUGAUGAUGUCCCAUUUAAGAUUGGAGACAAGUUUAAAGCCCCAGCUAAAGUUGGCCUACCCAUCGGCUUCUGCUUGCCUGACUCGCCGCAACUUGUAAGGGAAGCUCAGUAUGACUUCUCCCUGGAAAGGAGGACCAUUGAGUGGGCUGAGGACAUCAAGAGGAUCCAGAUGGCCCAGCAAGAGGCUGAACGGAACGCCGAGGAGGCCCUUGUCAACUCCAAGGCAGCCCUGGAGGAGCAGAGCCAAGCGGGCUUCUCGGAGGGCUGCUGUCCUCGGGCGGCCAUGCCGCCUCCCAUCAACCCCAUCCUUGCUAGCCUGCAUCACAACCACAUCUUGACUCCGACCCCAGCCAGCAACAGCACCCUGAAGCAAAAGGUCCUGAGCCCACCCCACGCAAAGGCCGACUUCAACCCCGCAGAUUUCGAGUGCGAGGAAGACCCCUUUGACAAGCUGGAAUUAAAAACAAUUGAUGACAAGGAGGAGCUGAAGAACAUUCUGGAGAUCCAUGUGGGUACCACGGGACAGAGAGUUGCCCAACUGCUAGACAACAGUAUGCCCAAAGGGACUCCUGAGUCUGUAUUGCAGGACCAGGAAGUUCUGGCCACACUGGACCUCAAGCCCCUCCACAAACCAAAUGGUCUUAUUGCUUUGCCACAGCUGGGGGGCUGCGAAAAGACGUCCCUGUCUUCCAAAGUGUCCCUCUCUCCGUCGGCGAGCAAUAUCAAAUCUCUCUCCUUCCCAAAGCUCGACUUGGACGAGAGUGACCUGCAAACGGCAAAGCUCACGAGUGCGUACCGCAGCGCUGCCUGCCUCCGCAACGGCACUUUUCUCCGCUCUUUACAGAGCAGAGCCAGUGAACUAAACGGGCACCACGUGGCUGGGCUGUCCGACUUCAAUGUGGACAGUGGCCCAGAGACACAGACUUUAUCCGCAGUGUCUAGACUGCCUUCCCAGCCCACCUCAGUAGCAUGUACAGAAGGAACUCCGACAUUCGCCACAAGCAGAGUGGUAACUCACCAAAGUUUCUCGACAUCUAAAGUGCCCAAUGCCACCAGCUGUGCAAAAUGGCCCGGCAGACCCCCGUACGAAGAAGAUCUGCAGGCCCUUUCCUCCCGCGAGCGGCAGUGCGUCGAGACUGUUGUCAACAUGGGCUACUCCUACGAGGAUGUGCUGAAAGCUAUGAAGAAGAAGGGGCAGAGCAUAGAACAGGUUCUUGACUAUCUGUUUGUCCACGGACAGCUCUGUGAGAAGGGCUUUGAUCCACUCCUUGUAGAAGCUGCUUUGGAAAUGUAUCAGUGCUCAGAGGAGGAGGAGACAACAGCACUUCUCCAGCUAAUGAGUAAAUUUAAAGAAAUGGGCUUUGAACUGAAAGACAUUAAAGAGGUUUUAUUAUUACACAAGAAUGACCAGGACGGUGCACUGGAAGAUCUAAUGACCCGGGCAGGAGCCAGCUGAAGAGAGCGCAAAGGAGCCCACCUUUGGCCCUGCCAACCAGACCCUUGCCAUCAUCACGCGGCUCUCUCUGUGGGCAUGGGAAGAAGACAGCCACAAAAAUCCUGUCUUUCCAGGUGGCCGGGAAGCGGAGAGAGCGAAUCCGUUGGCACACCACGCGCGAGUAGGCCGUUCCCAGCAGAGAGAGCUGAACCCUUCAAUUAAAGUUUAAGUGUCCUUUCCCGAGUGUCUCCCCCUCACUUCUUUAUUUUUUUGGCUAGGCCACAAAGAACCGUGACUGGAGUUGUACAUAGUCAGGCCAGGCCAGUUGCAUUUUCCCCUCCACUGCCACCCCCUGGUAACUCUUGCACUGGACUUGACCGGAGAAGUAUCAACUCGGCUCUGAAAAGAACAGUUCUUUUGGUUCCCUGAAGCUGCUUUCGUUGUUUGUCUGCUCGUACUGAAACACGGACUCACAGUCAAGACGAACAGAAGUCUACCUUGAGUGCAAUGGGAUUUUCAGUUUUAUUCUGGGGGAGGGGGAGUCCUUGGUUGAAAGUUAGUGUGUAACUUAGUGCAACACUGGUUCCGAAACUGCCGCUAUGCAUAGAGAGAAUUUGUACCUCUUCCUGUGGCAUUCUGGCCCCGCCUACCUGCUCUUUGCUGGCCCUUAAAGUAAAACCAAAUUCUCAGAACAGGUAAGCCGUGAAACCCCCUUAGAUCCUCUGCCCAAUGCGAGGCGGGGUGGGGACUGAAACCUCCCGGCUCUCCUGCCCCCCCCCCGGUCUUCUAUUUAUUUAUGCAGGGGCCCUCCUGAAAAAUCAGCUGACCUACAAUUUAAAAUCGAUACCGUGUGAGAAACAGGAAGUCCUCUACCUUUCAAGCACUUUCUUUUCAGUAUUCACUGCAUUGGUUCCAUUCCCCCCCCCCCCCCCCGCUAUACUCACAUUAAUCUAUUAACAUCUAGUAAUAGGAAUCCGACUUUUGGUUUGAUUUUGAUAGUACAAAAGUGUAUUAUGUUGUACAUGGUUAAAGAUCUAAAUGCAUAAAAUAUAAGCAGUCGAUGAAUCUCUGAAGUAAUUUGCUGAGUAUUUUGGUUCUGAAGAAAGGGGAUACUAAUAAAACCUUAAAAUGUG